UUGGGAUCAGUAAUAGUUGACAAAAGCUCUAUGACAAUUUCAGGGUGCAGCAAACAGAAAGGUGGCUGCGACAAAUAUGAUUCGUACAAGUAGUCGUUCUCACAGUGUAUUUACAUGUGCCAUUGAAAGUAAAUGGGAAUCGCAAGGUGUUACUCAUCACCGCUUUGCUCGGCUUAAUCUGGUUGAUCUAGCUGGCUCUGAAAGGCAAAAGAGUUCUGGGGCUGAAGGUGAACGUCUCAAAGAAGCUACUAAUAUUAACAAGUCUCUUUCAACAUUGGGACUUGUGACCAUGAACCUUCGUAGCAUUUCCAAUGGGAAAUCACUUCAUGAUUCUCUAGGAGGGAAUUCAAAGACAAUCAUAAUUGCAAACAUUAGUCCUUCUAGUUGUUGUUCAUUGGAGACAUUAAGCACGUUGAAGUUUGCACAGCGAGCUAAAUUUAUUAAGAACAAUGUGGUUGUGAAUGAAGAUGCUUCUGGAGAUGUUAUUGCUAUGAGGGUGCAAAUUCAACAGCUUAAGAAGGACUAUGAAGUUGCUCUUGUUGGGGCCCUCAAGCGGGAAAGGGAAAAAGAAAUUGCUCUUCAGGCAAUGGCAGCUGAAAAUCAGGCAGCAAUGCAAUUGGCAAAACAAAGAGCAGAUGAGAUUCAAGGCCUGAAAAUGAGGUUACGCUUUCUAGAAGCAGGAAUUAAGAGGUUGGAGGCAGUUGCUUCUGGGAAGAUUUCUUCUGAGACACACUUAUUAAAGGAAAAGGAGGAAUAUCUGAAAGAAAUUGAGUUGCUGGAAGCACUUGAUUGGAAACUCAUGCAUGAAUCAGAUCCUUCAGUGGUUCAGGAAGUAAACUUGGAUAUGGUCCCUGGAGUCGACAUUGUUUGCAACCAACUGAUCUCGGGUCAGGAAGCUCAAAUUGAUUCUCCUAUGAAUGAAUUUUCUGAGUCCAACAAAACUGUUGGCCAUCAUCAAUCAGAAACAGGUACCUCUUUGAUGGAAAUACAUCCAUCAAGCAUCACCACAACAAGGUUACCAGAGUACCUAAAUUUGGUCAAAACAGAACUUCAAAGGGCACAGGAAAAAUUUUCAGGUUCUGCAAAAACCAUGGAUCUGUUUGGUUCCCUCGAGAAAGCACUCAUUGAGGUCAAUGAGGUUUCCAGACAAAUGGAAGUAAUGGAAGGAGUUAUAGAGGAGAAGCAGCAAUUGCUUGAAUCUCUUAAGGUCCUUCAUGUCCUUCAUGUAGAAAUGAAAGAGAGAAAAGAUCUUAGUGACAAAAAGCUAUCAGCACUCAAAUACUCUCUAUCAAGCUUUUCUUCAUUAGUUGCUUACUUUCAACAACGAGAAGCUCAAGCAAGGGCAAGGUUAUGUGCUUCAUUGUCCUACUUGGAAAAAAAGAAAGGGGAACUGGCUCAUCUUCAAGCUUGCAAGGGGGAAAUUGAGGCUUCCCUGGGGAGGAUGCAAGAAUCUGAAACUGAGGCUAGGAACAACCUUGCUCUCUUGAAAUCAAAACUCAAGGAAGAGAAUAGGAGACGUGAGAAUGAAAAGGUUCUCUUUGCCAUAGAUAACUUUGAGAAAAUAGACUCUACACAAAGAAACCGGUAUUUGGGAGGUAAAGCUACUGAGUUACUCAAGUCUGAGGAAGAGAAAAACAAACUGCAAUACGAGAUGAAGCACUUGAGAGAAAAACUUGGGGUCAUGAGAAAAGAAUUUGAUGAUUUGAAUAAGAAAUCCAUGAAGGUUGAGGAUGAAGCACAAGCUGUUCUAAUGGAAAUACUGAAAGGAUCAAAGUCGGUGGAGGAAAUGGAGCUUGCACUGCAAGGGAUAGUCCAAGAGGAGGAAACUCUCUUUGAGAUGAUUAAAGAUGAACUUCCGUUGAAGUUGAGAAGAAUGGAACAGUUGCAGACAGUGAGGGCUGAAGCUGCCAAGAAGGUAAAUCAGUUGUUGGAUCCUAUAGAUGAUUCUUGUUUCUUAUCAGAAAAGAUUGAAACAGAACUAGAAAAUGUUUCAACAAUUAAGGAGGCUCAGGCAUUGCUAGUAGUGGAUCAUUCAAAUAACAGCUAAAUCUUAACUUUAACUGCCCUGGAUUUCUUCCACGUGAACUAAGCCUGCCAUGCAUGUAUUCAUCACCUAUUUCUUUCCUAUCAAUGUCCAGAAUUUUUGUUUGCCAUUGUUCAUUGUCUUCCCAUUCAUAUGCAAUCAGUUUAAGAUAUUUGAAAUGAAGUUGUGAUCAAAUCAAAGUCAAUGCAUUGU